AUGGCUGAGUCACAACGUGAUGUUACAGUGCCAUGUGGGGCUUGCAAGUACAUGAAGAAAAAGUGUCCUAGUGAAUGCAUCUUCGCACCCUACUUUGGUAGGGAACAAGGUACAGCUAGCUUUGCGGCUGUGCACAAAGUGUUUGGUGCUAGCAACGUCUCUAAGCUCUUGUCCAACGUUUCAACUAACCGCCGCCACGAAGCAGCGGCAACUAUAUCCUAUGAGGCUCAGGCUAGGCUAUCCGAUCCGGUUUAUGGUUGUGUGUCCACCAUUCUUGCUUUGCAGCAACAGGUGGCAGCAAUGCAAGCAGAGGUCUCAAUCAUGCAAACUGAGCUGAUAAACAGAAGAUUUGCAGGUGCAAAUGCUCUUCAAACUACACAUCAGGAGCAGCAUCAGACGCUACAGCAGCCAAACUUCAACGUUCAGCCAGCAUAUUCCAACAAUUCAUAUGCUGCCACCAACAAUUUCAUGAACAUGAACAACUUCAACCCUGGUUUUGACCUCACAAUGGAGACGGCACCCUCAUCACACGGCUUAGAGCCUUUUCAAAACUCUUGGUUCUCUCAUUUUGAGGAAGAUCACUAA